CAGUGAAGGAACCGGAAGAGGCGGAGAAGAAAUAGAAGAAACCAUAAUCUCUAGACUUAGGUUUGGACAUACAUCACACAGAAUAGGGAAACAUGAUACAGGGAGGUGUGAAUUAUGCAAUCAGGAAGAAACAAUAGAGCAUGUAAUGACUGUCCCAAAUAUAGUAAUGAAAGACAGACAUUAAUGUCUGAACUUAAGAAAGUAAGAUGAGCUUUGAGUUGACGAGCAUUUUGAGAAGGAAUUAAUGGGAAGAUUGUUUUUCAUUUUAAUAAACUUUUUGAAAGCGACAGAAUUAAGGAAGAGAAUAUAAUUGAAUUGUGUAAGAAGUUGAUUCCGAACCACACUCUUUACCAGUUGGUGGAGGUAAUGCACCUUUUGCUGCAUGCCACCCGCCAUUUAAACUCCAGAAGAAGGAGGAGGAGGAGGAGGAGGAGGAGGAAGAGUCCGCAGCUCAGGAUCAGGAAGUUAAACAUGGCAGCAGCUGUGUGAUGCCGGAGACUCGCGGCAAUGAAAGAUGCUCAUAACUCUGUGUUACAUGUAUCUGUGGGUGCGAUUCCAGAGAUGUUACAGCGGUGUGAUCCGCAGCGUGUUAUAUAGACUGAGCGGCGGCCAGAGCAGCUUCACUUUCUGUUCUCUGAAGCCGGAGCGACUGCAGACAUCAAACACACCGUUCCUGAAGAGGGGCAAUAAAGUCCUUUACAUCACUGAGCCGCAGGUGUGUGAUGAUGACCUCAGUAAAUGGACACUGUGUUUGGACUCUUCGCUGGUUUGUACUCCACAGCCAGAAAACAUCGCCUUCAUCAUAGAGGCCACAUCAGAGCAAAGAUCUGGACGCUCUCCUCACAGAACUGAUAAAGUGCUGAAGUGGUCUGAUUAUUGUCUUCCGUUGGCGUUCAGUCCCGGGCAGCCGUAUAGAGCCGUAGCUGAAGCCAGUGUGGAAAACUUCAGCCGACUCGGAGUGGCACUUUUGGAAGAUCGUCUUCAGAUGGAAAAUGGGCUCAAACCUGAAAAAAUAGUUUCUGUGUCACUCAGAGAAUCGGCUCUUAAAGAAUUGUUGGAACGACAGCGAUCAGACCGCAGCAAAAAACUCGAGUGGAAACAUCUCAGUGAGCCGUCGGCGGUCGUUUUAUCCCACGAGUCUCUGUCAGAGAGAAAAGCACGAGACAUUUUAUAUUCUACUCUCCCGAGAAAGAGCAGCUCACGUCUGUCCGUCCGGCGGGACUCGGACACACAGAGUUGCAACGCAGAACGCAGACCCUCACGUGACCUGCAGGAGGAGAUGGCCGAACACCGCCACAUGGACGGACAUCACCUGCAUCUGUCCAGCUGCCACGAGUGUCUGGAACUGGAGAACAGCACCAUUCUGUCGGUGAAGUUCGCCUCCAUGGAGAACAUACCGGACCUCCCGGACGACUUCACCGCCGUGGACAGCGAGGACGAGGAGGGCGGCGGUAUCUCAGGUCACAGCAGGAGGGUGAACGAGAGCGGGAAACCGCCCAACGUGCUGGUGUUCACAGGUGGCUGCGAGGAGCAGUUCCAGAAGGUGCGCUCGCUGCUGGCCGAAUGCAUCGAUACGGACAGCUACACCAUCUAUCCCCUGCGGCCGCAGCAGGCGCUGAGUGAGCCCUGGCUGGAGAAUGCGCUGCUGCUGGUGCUCGCCACCGACCAAACACUCACGCCGCAGCUGCAGCUGCGCUUCCUGUCCUACCUGAGCCAGGGCGGGAAAGUGUUGGGCCUGUCGUCUUCGCUCUGUCCUGCCGGACUCACGUUGCGGCGCAGAGACACACAGAAGAGUCAGAUCUGCACGCUGAACUUCACCAAAUCCGACAGCACGGAGCUGCAGCUGAGCGUGCUGGCGAGCGGAAGCGUGUAUGCGCGGGAUCCACGGGACGGUGGCGGCGAGGUGGAACUCUGGGGGGAGAUCAGCACAGAGGACGAGAAGCACAUGGUGAUCGUUCGAGUGACUCACGGAGCGGACAGUGGCGAGGCCGUACUCUGUCAGGUGCGUUUGGAAACGGCUCCAGACGCUGAUGUCGCUCAUGGUUCCUCUGGUUUCUCUGAGCUGAAGAUGAGUAACGCUCGCCGCUAUGAGGUUUUGACAGAGAUCCUGACGUCUCUGGGUUUGAGCUGUGAACUGAGUCAGGUGCCGCCCCACAGUCCUCUUUACCUGCUGCGCAUGCACCAGGAAGACCGUUUCCUGCAGUGGUUGCGAGGGCAGGUGUCCGCUGGUGUUCUGAGGACUCAGUCGGGCAAUCUCAGGGUCGUUUGGGCUGGAGAGGAAACGCCAGAACUGGGUGACGGUGAGCGGGCAUUAUACACCGACCCGCCACAGAACUUCUCGGAACAUUUCAGUCUGCAAACAUACAAACAGAACCUACAGACUCAACAACUGGGCCAAACAGUCAUCUACGCUGACGUCACCACCACCACAAUGGACCUGCUGGAGGGGUUGAUGUUGCAGUUGCCGCAUGAAAUGGGGUUAAUCGCCAUAGCAGCGCGUCAGACCCAGGGCAAAGGUCGAGGGUGUAAUGCAUGGUUGAGUCCGGUGGGUUGUGGGAUGUUCACUCUUCACCUGCAGCUUCCGCUGAACUCGCCGCUCGGUCAGAGAGUUUCAUUCCUGCAGCAUCUCAUGGCACUCGCUGUCGUGGAGUCUGUACGCACACUGCCGGGAUACGAGGAUAUUGAUCUGCGACUGAAGUGGCCAAAUGACAUUUACUACAGUAACUUGAUGAAACUCGGUGGUGUUCUGGUCAAUUCCACCAUCUGCGGUCAAACCUUCCACCUUCUGAUCGGCUGCGGGUUCAAUGUGAGCAACAGCAACCCGACCAUCUGCAUCAAUGACCUGGUGCUGCAGCAGAAUCGUGAAUGCGGCCGCAGUCUGGAUGCGCUCAGUCCGUCGCAUCUUAUUGCGCGUUCGGUCUCUCUGCUGGAGCGCUUCAUCGCAGACUUUCAGCUGUGUGGGCCGCAUGCGCUGCUGCCUCUCUACUACAAGAGAUGGAUCCAUGGUGGCACGCAUGUGCGUCUGUGGAGCGAGGACGGGCCGGAGGCCGAGGUCGUGGGUCUUGAUGAGAACGGGUUUCUGCAGGUGUUGUCUGAAGAUCAGGGCGUCAUGUCCGUGCAGCCUGACGGAAACUCCUUCGACAUGUUGAGAAACCUUGUGGUGACCAAGAGCCGCUGAACGCAUCACACACAAACACUCACUGAAUGUGUUUGACACGAUUCCAAGACUGACUUUGACAUUUAAUUAAAAUAAAUGUUAUUUUAUUUUUUAAUGAUUCAGGCCCUAAUGUAUCGUAUGAAUGAUCAGUUAACACUGUUAAUUAACAUGUCGAUUCGAGAAUGAGCUUCUGUAUUUAGUGUGUUUAUUUCACACACAUUUUGGGUCAUUAAUAUCUGGAAUAGAUUUUAAAGAGUUUCUGUCUUGUCUGAUUCAUCAUUAAAUACGUCAUACAUUCAGGUUAUUAUUACUUCAAUAUAUUUUAAUUUCAUGUGUAAGAAGAACUUUAGAUAAUUUUUCAGCUGAUGUUUGUUUAAUGAGUGCUGGUACAUAAGCACUAAACAUGUGAGCGUGUGAGUGCGCGUGUGAGUGUGCGUGAGUGUGUGUGUGUGUGUGUGUGUGUGUGUGUGUGUGUGUGUGUGUGUGUUUGUGUUCAGAAGUUAAUGAGUGCUGGUACAUAAGCACUAAACGUGAGGUGUGAGAGUGUGAGCGUGAGUGAGUGCGUGUGUGUGCGUGUGUGUGUGUGUGUGUGCGUGUUUGUGUGAGUGUGUGUGUGUGUGUGUGUGUGUGUGUGUGUGUGUGUGUGAGUGUGUAUGUGUAAGUGUUUGUGUGUGUUUGUGUGAGUGAGUGUGUGUGAGUGUGUGUGUGUGUGUGUGUGUGUAUGUGUGUGAGUGUGAGUGAGUGUGUGUGAGUGUAUGUGUGUGAGUGUGAGUGAGUGUGUGUGAGUGUAUGUGUAUGUAUGAGUGUGUGUGAGUGAGUGUGUGUGCGUGAGUGCGUGUGUGUGUGUGUGUGUGUGUGUGUGUGUUUGUGUAUGUAUGAGUGUGUGAGAGUGAGUGAGUGUGUGUGUGUGUGUGUGAGUGUGUGAGAGUGAGUGAGUGUGUGUGUGUGUGUGUGUGCGCACAACUGUUGUAAUUACUAAUGGUAAUUACUAAUAAUGUUUUUUUAUAUGAGCAAUAAAAGCUUUUCUCCUGAAGCUUUUUAAAGGUUUAUUUGAAAAUCUGACUGAAAUUUAAAGAGGUUUGUUAAACUUGUGUAGUUUCUUUCUGAUUGCUUUUAUGUAACUGAAUCUGUAAAUUGAUUCCAUAUUAGAUUUUGAAGUGAUUUACACAUAUCAGGGAAUCACCUAAAUCGAUCAAUAUUUUGUAAUGUUCCACAAUUUGUAAUCCGAUAUGAAUGCUCCAUUUAACAAUCAUUCCAGUGUUGUACAGUAUUAAAUAAAUUCAGUCAUUGUUUAUGAUUAU